CAGCAGGCUGUGGGAAUCCCGGACCCCGGGCCGAUGGUUGCUUGCUUUUCUCCCCGCCGGGUCUGGGGAAAGGUUAGAUGGCCACAUUUGAGCCGGGCCAGGGUCAAGAGGUGCGCGAGGUGGGCUUGCGCGCAAGAUAUCCGGGGUCGCCUCUCUUCUUGUCACUCCCUCAUCAUCUAUCCCUGCCCGUAUCGUCUCGCCUCGUCUCGCAUCGCCUUACUGCCGCGUAGCUAGCUAGUCAAUCAUGGCCCCAUCAGCAUGGUGGAAGGAAUCGUGGGGAGACCCGGCGGCCCUUCCUAUGGACAAGCUCAGACCCACAGAGGAAAUCAAUCGAAUGCUUCAGUUCAAAGGAUCGCCUUUCGAGUGGGAGGAGAAGGUCAUCAAUGGCCGAAUGGUCAAGUGCUGGAAGAAUCUGCCAGCCAACUACCGCGAUAUGUGGAUUGCGAGCGCAGCUGCCUUCGCUGAGAAGGAGUACCUCGUCUACGGAGAUGACACUCUGACCUACAAGCAAGCCUUCGAGCAGUCCCUCUUGGUAGCUCAUUGGCUCGCAAGCCAAUUCCAGGUUCGCCGCGGUGAUAGGGUAGGUAUUGCAAUGAGGAAUUACACCGAGUUCAUGGUCUCCUUCUGGGCUUGUCAACUGAUUGGUGCGGUAGCUACGGCCCUCAACGCCUUCAGUGAGACGAGCACGCUGGCCUUCUGCAUCAACGAUGUAGGCUGCCGCGUCGUUAUCUGCGACCUUGAGAGGCUGGAGCGAAUUCAGCCCGUAGUGGAGCAGCUGCGAGUCAACGAGGCCAAAGCAAAUAAGGAGGGGGACACCCUCCGCGGCCUCGUCGUGCUACCGUACGCCAAGGGCAAGGGCAAGGGCAAGCUGCCAAAGUCACAACGAUCGUUCCUCUCGAGCGAGUCGGAUGGCUUCGUGCACGGCUGGGAGGAGCUGGGCGAGAAGUGGAAAGCUACGUGCCCCGCCAAGGCACCGGCUCUGAAACUCUUGCCAGAGGACUAUGCUCACAUCUUCUUCACCAGUGGGACGACGGGCAAGCCAAAGGGCGUUGUUUCAACUCACCGACAAAGCAUUCACGGUGUCGGCGCCGCAUGGUGGAUCGGUGCCAGGGUCUUCUUGCGACGUUAUCGACCGAUCCCCGACUCGACAAAGAACCCUGAUCCGAGCAUAGCAGUCGUGGCCUACCCUCUCUUCCAUGUCGCUGGAAUGUUGAGUCACGCCGUAUUGGGCGCAGCCCAAGGAUCCAAACUGCUCCUAAUGCACUCCUGGAACGUCGAUGACGCAGUCGAGCUGAUCAACAAGCACAAGGCAAACAAGUUCGCCGGCGUGGCCCAUCAAUGUAGACAGAUUGCUCUGCAUCCGGCAGAGAUGCCCUCCAUGGGAUCGAUUACACAUGGAGGAUCUGCAGCCUCGAGAGAGCUUGCGGCAGAGUCAGAUAAGAAGCUGGGCAAUCAGGGUGGCAGCAUCGGCAGCGGUUAUGGCGCGACGGAGACGAACAGUCUUGCGACGGGCAACUACCAAGACGAUUACAUGAACUUCCCAGACUCCGUCGGCGCCUGGCCGCCCACUACUGACAUCAAGAUUGUCGACCCGAACACGCUCACUGAAGUACCCAAGGGUGAUAAGGGCGAGAUCUGGAUCCGCAGCUCAGGCGUCGCGACCGGCUACUGGAAUCGCCCUCAGGCCAAUGCCGAGACAUUCCUGCCAGAUGGCUUCUACAGGACCGGUGACAUGGGCUACAUCCACAAAGAGCAUGGUCUCCUGUUCAUCUCCGACCGCAUCAAGGAUAUCAUCAUCCGUGGCGGCGAGAACAUCACUACGGUCGUGGUUGAGAACGGGGUCUAUUCACACCCGAAGGUCCUCGAAGUGGCAGCCGUAGCACUGCCCGACAAGGCACUCGGCGAGCGCGUUGCUGCUUUCGUCGUGCCUCGCGAUGGGAUCAAGGCAGAGGAUUUGAGCGAGGAAGAGAUCAAGGCGGCGGCAAGGAAGGUGCUCCCAAAACAUGAGGUGCCUGAGUUCAUCGUGCUGAGGGACGAGCCGCUGCCAAAGAUCCCGGCGGGUAAGAUUGACAAGAAGAUCUUGAGGGACGAGCUGCUCAAGAUUGCUGUUCAGCGCGGUUGGGGCGACUUUGGGGAUCAGGCAAAGGCUAAGCUUUGAGCGCAGAAGGGUCGAUGCUGUCAUCGAAUUAGUAUUGAAUGGAUGUCAUUAUACAUUCAGCAUGAAAAACGCUCCCGAGGAUCGUCGGUAUCUACAGAAUCGCGGAGA